AAAUUCAUGUAGUUACGUGCCACCGGUUAUAUCGCUGCUCACCACGCUCACAAUCGUCUCAGUCGUUGCAGCUCUGUACUACUACAUUAUGAAACGAGCACUCGAACACGAGCUGAAAGCGGAGAAAGAGAAAGCAGCUAGCAGUCGCCGCAAUGACAAGGCGAGAUGCGACAAACCACCUCUCGUCUUACCGAGACCAGUGCCUGCGCAUGCUCUGUCAAUGCCGGCAAAUGUCAGCGCACCGGAAAGUGACGGAGUCUACGCAACAGACGAAUACGAUCACGAGUAUGACUAUGUUCAGCCCCAACCGCUUGCUGCUGGUUACGUAAACAACUAUCGAAGCUACGUACCAAUGUCGCACCCACAAGAUGGAAAGUUUCCUGAACAAGGCAGCCGUGCGUCUUUUCAGUCGCGAGAAUAUCAAGAACUAGAAGGAUACGAUUCCCCCAAGGCCUACGACGUUCCGGACAAUCCAGUGAAUGACUUUAUUCCAGUGUAGUUUACGUAUUUUGGUCGACUGUAGUAAGAACAAACUGAUUAUCCGGGGGUUAGAAAAUAAGCUGUUUAGUCCGCAUAGACUGAACGACAAGCUUCUUGUUUACAAUAUUGAGUCUGCUUACAAAUUAAUUCACUGUAAAUGUUACUGUAACAUUUGUUACGUCAAAUCUUGAUACGUACAUAAUCAUAACUGUACAGGUGUAACCGCGUCCGGACGCCUGCACUACUUUAGCGCACGUUAAAGUAUAUCAAACAUGGCAACACCCUUUGACAGCUUUGGAUAUACUCAUAUUCAAAUAUAAACUCUAGCUUAUUAGCUAUUUAGCUAAUUAGACAAGAGGUGUAACUUAUAAAUUGUUAGUUAGUCUGCGCCUCGCUGAUAGUUACAAUAUCGUAGUCGGAAAUGACAGACAAGCAAAGAUCCAGAAGUUCACUGUAGGAAGACCAGCACCUUGCAACUUACCACGCCUAUUUCUGACAUAUUGAGAAACACUAUCCAAGCAAAUAUGUUUAUACUUCAGUGACACUGAGUGUACUCGGUCACAGAAGGCUGAAAGACUGCCAGGCUGGCUAGAGAGUCCCAGGCCCUGUGGGUCACUCCAU